ACAUUUCUGUCAAAAAAAAAAGAACAUCUCAAAAGGCGGCAAGCUAUUGCAAAAUGCUCUAAAAUUUCUUAUUUUCUAUAUUUUUAAAAUUUUUAAAAAUAUCAGCACAAUAAUGAAUUGUUCACAAAAACUAUGUUCCCCCUCACAGCGCAAUCAAAUCGUCAUAAAAAGCCUCGAUCUCCAAAUGGAAGCGAAACAUGCUAAAGAAUAUCUCAUUUGGGGAUCAAUUAACAUCCUACUUUUAGCUAUACUACUAUUUGAUAUUGCCAACAAAUGUCCCUAUGCAGUAUCCAAAUGGUAUUACGUUGAAUACACUGCAGCUGGUAUCUUGGCUGUGUCGGUUUUGUGUAAUUUCUCAAAAUAUUUGUACUACGUUUUGAGUAAGGAAUCUGUUCAAGGCACAAAAGAACAGAAGAAUCUACUUGGAUUUGAUGACAAUGAUACCUCUUUUGUAACUGCAUCAAAAGUCAAACUAACUAAACCAGACACCACUUCGGCUCCACUAAACUCAACAAUUCUUAGCUGGCAUUCAUCUUUUAAUGAUUCUGCCCGUUCUCCAAAUUGGAGUUAUAGUCGCACAACUCCACCGCGAACAAGUCUAAGUCCUGGACAAAAUGUCUCGUGGAACACUUCUAUGCAAAAUAACUCCUCCCUAAAUGCUAGUACAAUGAGCAGCAAUGCUUCUUUUGUCUCUCCCUACACCAAAUAUGCUCGCGAUGAGAUUAUUACAGACGAAAAAGGUCUUCAGCAUUAUCUAAGGGAAGUUUCCAAACUUAAAGAAUUUGGAGUUGCCGAACCACAUGAAGUAAGCAGUUCUUUCAAUCCAGGAUCAAUGAAUUCUUUCUGGAAUUAUUGCAAUACAGCAGCUAAUCUUCUUAAAACAUCACUCUACCAAUUAGCACCAUCAAAUACUCCAUCAUCUCAAAACAAACAGUCAAACAAAGAGGAAGGUGUCAGUGAUAUGGAUGGCAACUCGGAUCUCAUUAAGAAGAUUUCUUCCGAGAAACUUUCACAAUAUGUCGCCAAUUUAAGAAGGUGGAUGUCAAUUACAAUUCUGCAACGUCUUGAGGGUGAAAUCAAGAAAAUCGACAGCGCCUUUAAGAUGCGUGGAUUCUCUGACAUGCAAAUUGGUUGUGUUGGUUUGGAACGUCUAAAGAAAACCGUUGACAAUCAACAAUUUGUUACUCACUAUGUUCCAAUGCUGCCACUGAUUGUUCCCUUUUUGGAAAUAUCCACUAAUCAGGAGUAUGUGGUACAAAGAAUCAAAGAUCUCGCUAAAGGUACAUGUGUGGCAGAUUACCGCUGGAACUGUGGAUCAUCCCACCAAGGACAACGAUGGGAUGAGCAUUUACCCACUGAUGCAGCUAUUCUCUUCCAUUUGUUUUGCACAUAUCUAGAUAGUCAAUUGAUGCCAUUGCCCCAACCUGGGGGACGUUCGUUUUUCAAUCGUUAUGUCAUCAUCGGUGACAAAAAGACCGUCAAGGAGACUGUUGCUAAUGUAACAAACAAAUCACGAUGUGCAAUUCUCUGCACGAAUCUAUUGAAUCCAAAAUUUAAUUUCAUCAGUGACAAGGAGAUCCAUAAUUGUGUUUACGAUCGGAAUAAUUUAUUCUAUGUUAUUAUACAAUUUUUGAUCUAUAUAAAGCAGAAUCAUGAAGGUCUAUUGGAAGGUGUGAAUUUGGGAAAGAGUGGCAUUAAUAUUAUGUGUGUCAUUGAAGACUGAAUGGAAUGAGAGGACGACUAUUACACAUUUAUUGAUAGAUAAGUCUUAGGUUUUUAGUAAUUUAUAAAUUUUUUUGUUUUUCAAAUAAAAAUAAAUUAGAAAUUA